AGAAAAAUCCGCCGGCAAGCAAAACCUUUCUGUCUCGUCCUUCCGUCUCUCGAAACCCUAGUUGGGGAUUUUUUUUUUUUGUUUUCUGUUUGCAGUUCCCUCCCAGUAGAAACCCUAGAAUCCAUUGUUCUGUACGCCGACGUCUGUCGAAUAUACUUCUUUCUAAGGUGAUUGUCCGCGGGUUGCUUGUAUAUGAUGGGUGAAGUAAGGGAAAACGACGUCUACGAGGACGAGCUUCUCGACUAUGAUGAUGAAGAAGAGAAGGCCACUGUCUCUCUUGGUGUAAAAAUCAAUGGUGAAUCAGCAAAGAAGGGUUAUGUAGGAAUCCACAGCUCCGGAUUUAGAGAUUUUUUGUUGAAACCAGAACUUCUACGGGCUAUAGUUGAUUCUGGAUUUGAGCACCCAUCUGAAGUACAACAUGAGUGCAUACCUCAAGCCAUUUUGGGAAUGGAUGUCAUCUGCCAAGCAAAGUCUGGAAUGGGGAAAACGGCAGUGUUUGUUCUCUCAACCCUUCAACAAAUUGAGCCAAUUUCUGGUCAAGUUGCUGCACUUGUCUUAUGUCAUACUAGAGAACUAGCGUACCAGAUAUGCCAUGAGUUCGAGAGAUUCAGCACUUACUUGCCUGAAAUAAAAGUUGCUGUAUUUUAUGGUGGCGUUCACAUUGGAAAGCACAAGGACAUACUGAAAAAUGAAUGUCCUCAUAUAGUUGUUGGAACACCAGGAAGAAUUCUGGCACUCGCUAGGGAUAAAGAUCUUUCUCUGAGGAAUGUUAGGCACUUCAUUCUCGAUGAAUGUGACAAGAUGCUAGAGUCGCUAGACAUGCGGAGAGAUGUGCAGGAGAUCUUCAAAAUGACUCCACAUGACAAGCAAGUCAUGAUGUUUUCAGCCACACUAAGCAAGGAGAUACGCCCUGUUUGCAAGAAAUUCAUGCAAGAUCCAAUGGAAAUAUAUGUGGAUGAUGAAGCAAAACUAACCCUCCAUGGGCUUGUACAGCACUACAUCAAACUCAGUGAUUUGGAGAAGAACCGUAAAUUAAAUGAUCUUCUGGAUGCUCUGGACUUCAAUCAGGUUGUAAUUUUUGUCAAAAGUGUCAAUAGAGCGGCAGAGCUGAACAAAUUGCUAGUAGAGUGCAACUUCCCAUCUAUCUGCAUUCAUUCUGGAAUGUCACAGGAAGAAAGAUUAACAAGGUACAAGGGCUUCAAGGAAGGACACAAAAGGAUUCUUGUUGCUACUGAUCUGGUUGGCAGGGGAAUUGACAUUGAGCGUGUAAACAUUGUGAUUAACUAUGACAUGCCUGAUUCUGCGGAUACUUACUUGCACAGGGUUGGUAGGGCUGGCAGAUUUGGCACCAAGGGUCUGGCUAUUACCUUUGUCUCUUCAGCUUCCGAUUCAGAUGUUCUUAAUCAGGUUCAAGCAAGAUUUGAAGUGGACAUUAAGGAAUUGCCUGAGCAAAUAGAUACUUCCACAUACAUGCCUUCAUAAGGCAGACAUCCCGAAGAAAGCUCUGUGAAGUCGAAGAUGGAACUUGAAUGAUAUAUUUGACUUACCUUGGUUAAAUACAGCCAUCAUGACAGACUCUGUGGAAGUUUUAUGUGUACCUGCUACCAACUAAUAUUAAAGACUUGUUUGAAUCUUAGGUUAUAUUAGGUUUAUGCACACUGUUUUCCAAGAGUUGGAUUAUGUUUUGACAAUGAUUUUUAUCAUCUUCAUUUGGGAUUACUGUUUUGUUUUAAAUUACUGAGUUUAUAUACAGUUUUUAAAUAUGUAUUGCUCAUCUUGUUAAAUAUUUUCAUCUGCCACUUCAUUGAA